GGUAGCGCUUGACCGGGCUAGUUGCGGCUUCGCGGCGCGUGGUGAUCUCUUGAAGUUUUACACUGCAUCCGAUUUGACCUGUCAUUGUAAUUGCGUUACAUCUACCCAAAACCGCGCCAGUUUGGGGGGGUUGAAAAAAAUAAUUGCUGCAUGCUUACUGUUCGCUGAUCCAUAAUUGCUUUCGUAGAAGAUCCACAUUAAGAUGAACGAACUAUUAAAAGUGAAGUAGCCUAAAGUUAACAAUUGUGUAGCGAAACAUUUAAAAGACUCAAAAACAGCUCAUCCCGAAUAACAUUCGUAACAAUGGCUCGAUCAAACCCAGCAUACGUCCACGAUGCACGUCCGCAGGAUCUAGGCUUCGGUCACAACUACCACGAAAAACUACCGUCCACCAUCAGUGCUGUGUCCUUCUCGAAGCAACCGAUCCAGAACGGCACCACCAAGGACACGGCCCCCGCGAUGAGCGUGUCAAAGCCCAACAAAGCCCUACGGGACAAAUGGGGCAAAGAUAUCGAAUUCCUGCUAUCGUGCAUUGCCCUAUCGGUGGGACUGGGCAACGUGUGGAGGUUCCCAUUUACGGCCCUGGAAAACGGUGGCGGAGCGUUUGUGAUACCCUAUCUCAUCGUGCUACUGUUGGUAGGGCGGCCAAUCUACUAUCUGGAGAUGUUGAUCGGACAGUUCUCCAGCCGGGGUGCUAUCGAAGUGUAUGACGCGGCGCCGGCUAUGCGAGGUAUUGGAUAUGGACAAAUCUACUCGACUUUCAUCGUGAUGACUUACUACGCGUCGAUAAUGGGCAUUACGGUGCGAUACCUGAUAGCGUCGUUCGGUGACCCACUGCCGUGGGGUGAGUGCCGGGACAGUUGGAAUGCUACGUGUAUCGAUUCGAGUUUGGCGGUCAAUUCUGCUGAGAAUACAACGGAAAAGAAGAUUUCGUCGGCGGAGCUGUUCUUUGAGGUUGAGGUCCUGAAUGAAACACCUUCACUGGACGACGGUAUUGGAACUCCUAACUGGAAAUUAGUAGUAUGUCUUCUAGUUCCUUGGACAUGCAUUUGUCUUAUAUUAAUCAAAGGAAUCAAGAGUUCCGGAAAGGCAUCCUACUUCCUAGCUAUUUUUCCGUACAUUGUGAUGCUGGUGUUGCUGAUUCGAGCAUGUACUCUGGAAGGUGCCAACAAGGGUAUGCUGUACUUUAUAAAACCACAGUGGGAUCGAAUCCUAGAGGCUAAAGUAUGGUAUGCCGCUGUAACGCAGGUGUUUUUCUCACUGACUGUGUGCUUCGGCAAUGUUCUGAUGUAUUCUUCGUACAAUCGGUUCUCCAACAAUGUCUACAGGGACGUAACCAUUGUUUCCAUACUGGAUACGUGCACCUCUCUGCUCGCCGGGUUAAUCGUGUUCGGUGUCGUUGGUCACUUAGCGCACGCGUUGAAUGCUCCGGACAUAGACAAGGUAGUCCGAGGUGGUCCCGGACUGGCAUUCAUCACCUACCCAGAUGCAAUUGCCAAGUUCAAAUUUUGGCCACAGUUCUUUGCAAUUGCAUUCUUCCUUAUGUUGUUCGUACUUGGAAUUGGGAGCAAUGUGGGAAUGGCAACCACCAUCAUGACCGUGGUUCGAGACCGGUUUCCACAUCUAAGGGCAUGGCGGGUGGCCCUUGUAAUUGCUGUCAUCGGAUACAGUGUUGGCAUCAUCUAUACCACUCCCGGAGGACAGUAUUUACUGGAUUUCUUGGAUUUCUAUGGAGCUUCGUUUGUGGCGUUGGUUUUGGCAGUGUUUGAAAUGCUUACCUUCGCUUGGAUCUACGGCGUUGGACGAAUCUGUCGGGAUAUCGAGUUUAUGCUGGGCAUCAAGACGGGUUUAUAUUGGAGACUAUGCUGGGGGUUUAUCACUCCUACAAUGCUAACUGCCAUUUUAGUCUAUCACAUUGCCACGUACAAACCGUUUACGUUUAAUGGCUAUGUAUUCACGAGUGGAAUGUAUGCAUUUGGCUGGUGCGUUUUCGCGGUCGGAGUUCUUCAAUUACCUUGCUGGGCAGUGUACGCAGUGCUGAAGCGGAAGGAACCUUCAUGGAAGAAUCGAAUCCUGAGUUGUUUCAGACCGCUGCACCACUGGGGACCGGAGGAUCCCGAGUUGAACGCAAAAUAUCAUGAAUCGGUUUACAAGUACGAUCAAACGGUUCCAGUGGGACGAAGUUUACUUAGGAAAAUGGUGGACAAUGUUUUCCAAUAAACUAUUUCAUAAAUUAAAGAGAGUGAAAAAAAGCAAUUGAAAGUUAGUUUUGGAUAAAUAGGAUAAAUAGGA